UAUCGCAUGAAUACGAUUUAUACAAACAAGUUGUAAACGUCUUAUUUACGAAGUAUAUGUGAAAAAGUAGUUUUGUGGCAUCGGUAAUUACUUCCCACACUUUUAACAUUGAUUAGAAAAAAAUGCCAAAAUACUACUGCGACUAUUGCGACACGUACUUGACCCACGACUCGCCGAGCGUCAGAAAGACUCACUGUCAGGGUCGUAAACACAAGGACAAUGUCAAGUACUUCUACCAAAAAUGGAUGGAGGAGCAGGCGCAGCAUUUGAUUGACGCGACGACAGCAGCAUUCAAGGCUGGAAAAAUAGCCUCAAAUCCAUUUGCAGCGAACAAGGGUGCAGCUAUUCCGCCACCACCGAGUCUGGGCCCUAGGCCGGGAGUGCCACCCCAGCCACCGAUGGGCAUGAUGCCACCCCCAGGGAUGCAUCCUGGUGGGCCUAUGCCACCAGGAGGACCGAUGAUGAUGGGUCCACAUGGGCCCAUGCCGGCCAUGAUGGGCAUGCGACCACCCAUGAUGGGACCAAUGGGACCGAUGAUGGGUCCUAUGGGGCCCAUGGGACCCAUGAGACCCCCCAUGAAUGGACCACCACCCCCAAUGACAGCUCCACCACCCAUGAAGAAAUAAUUCUACCCUAGGACCCAUUAAUUUACGUUUUUUUUUGUGGAUCCAUUGAUCAAUUCCGACGUGUGUGUGACUGUGUAAAUAAACUCAUGAUUUUUACAGGA